GUUAAUUUAUAUUAUUUGCUAUCAGUGUUUAUUAGUUUAAUUAGUGUUAAAUUCACCUAAUAUAAAAGCAGACUAACACUUUGUUCUUCAAACCAGUUUCAACUUUUGUACCAGUCAGUUUUUUUUAUAGAAUACGAAUUCACAAUGAAGUUUAUCGUACUUUUUGCCUUAGUACUUUACUGCUCUUUGGAAGUUUCAGGACUUCCUAAUCCAGCUUGUGCUGGUGUACAGUGCUCUCCUCCACAAUGCGGACUUGGUGCUCGUCUAAAACUGAAGGAAGGUGCUUGUUGUCCCACAUGCGAAGGAUUCGGAAACCCAUUAUGUGAAGGUAUCCAAUGCGGUGUACCAAACUGUCCUCCUGGAUCUAUAUUGAAGCUCAAAGAUAAUGCUUGUUGUCCCUCAUGCGAACCAUUCGGUAACCCAAGAUGUGCAGGUAUACAAUGCGGUGUCCCACUCUGCCCAGCAGGGACAGUUUUAAGACUUAAGGACGGAGAUUGUUGUGCCUCCUGCCAACCAGCACGGUAAAUAAUAAUAAAUCAAGGAAAUAUUGCAACUACCAGAAACAAUGACUUAUGGCAAAUAAAAUAUUAUUAAUAAAUUAAUAAAAUAUGAAAACAUCCAAUAACAGAAGUUUUAUUUUAA